GGUCCUGAUCCGUUCUUCUUCAGGGGUUUCAUUGCCUCUCGUAAGGGUAACUGUCAACGAAAUGGAGUUCAUCGAGGAGGACUCGAGGCCUCGAUUCCUCUUUCAAGCUCGCUCCCCCCUCACCUCCGCUCCUCUACCUGAAACGCAAAAGAUCUCCAAGCUUCACGCAGCAUGCUGUUUCUCUGCCUCCGCCGUCCUCUUCACCACCGUCUUCUUACUUAAUUCGAGCUCCUCCAUCUUAUUCACCAUCUUGCUCUGGAUCUCCCUCUCCCUUAUCGUUGCGCCGUUCGCUCCACCUUCCAAUACCGGCGGAGAUCCUCGCGUUGGGCGUGGCGGCCCCCUUCCUUCUCUCCCCAAACAAACCGAACCCGAGGAGACCCGGCGGCGUCCAGCUUCCCGGUGGAACCCUAAACCCACUAUUCCUUCAUUAUCUCCGGUUGGAUCACUAAACCCUAAACCUGUAGAGAAAAGAGGAGAAGAUCCAGCAGGUCAUGAGGGCGAAACGGCGACUAAGGAAUCGAAUCGGCUAGAGGAAUGGACUGUUGAGGAUUUCGAGAUUCUCAAGCGCCAGAUCUCGAAGCAUCCCGCUGGGGCGCCUGGGCGAUGGGAGCGAGUCGCCGAGGCAUUCAAGGGGAGGCAUGGGGUGGAGAGCGUGAUCCGAGCGGCUAAAUCUUUGGCAGAGAGGCGGUCCCCUGGGGACGACUCCUUCGCCCAGUUUUUGAAGCAGAGAAAGCCUCUGGACAAGCGUGUGGAUGCUUUAAAUGCUGACUCUUCCGGGAGUGGGAUUGGUGGCGAUUCUGUUGUUGUUGGGAAUGAGGGAUGGAGCUCUGCAGAAGAUAUUGCAUUGCUUAAUGCGUUGAAGGCGUUUCCUAAGGAUGUAGCAAUGAGGUGGGAGAAGGUCGCUGCGGCGGUGCCAGGGAAGUCGAAGGGUGAGUGCAUGAGGAGGAUGGCCGAGUUGAAGAGGGAAUUUCGAAGUUCAAAGACUUCGGAUAGCUAAUCUGUUCUACAUUCCCAAUGCGGGAGCUCAACUUUGAGGAUGAAGAUUUGUGGAACCAUUUGAAGUUGGUGACAUCUAACUAGUUGAUUGCUAUUACUCAUUUUGUCUUCUCUUUUACCCCUCCUUCAUAUCAUUGACAUUGGUUGUUUGGUCAUUCUUCUCCCAAUAAACUUUGAGAUUAUACUUUUAUUUCCUCUAAGCUUUAAUAUUUUGCCCAUCUUUUCGUUAAAAACCAUUAUGUAUUCUUUCCUAUCUCAUCUUUUGCAUAUUGUUUAUUCAAACAUUUGAGACCU